AUGAAUACGAAGGAUGGAGGAGAGAGGUUCUGGGAACAAGAGGGUUGUACCAACGCUCCAUUCCUCGACACAAUUUUCACACUGCAUCAGAAGGGUCAUCAAGGGAAUGCUCAGAAAAAAUUGAACAGUGUCAUUAGAUGGAAAGAAGAGAUCCACUACUACGACGAUCCAGAUGACGAAAACCAGGAAAGUAAGCAAAGAGAUCGGAACAUUUCGUAUCACAAUUGGGCACGACAAAUAGAGAAGGACGUGCUUAGCAAAGUAGACUACAGAGUUCCUCCACAAAGCGGCGAUGAACAGAUUGACGUACAAUUCAUUUUCCACAGUGUGGACCAUGUUACGGUUAACGAGAAGGAGCAGGUGAUGUCGAUCUCCGGUCGUUACUGCAUGAUUUGGCGCGAUCCUCACAUCACAUGGGAUCCCUCCAAAUACAAUAACCUGGACACACUUCACGUCGGCUCAUACGAUGUAUGGACACCAAGAAUUGUGGUAUUAAAUGGCCUUUCUGGAGUGUAUGGACACCUUGACGCCAUAGUUUCUCGAGUUAAGCUGUUUGUUCCGCGAUUUCGUGCAAAUGAACCAGCCUAUGUGAUCACCUGCCCGAGAUAUACAGGACGAGUGGGCUGCUUCUUAGAUAUGACUAACUAUCCGCACGAUAAACACGUGUGCUCCUUCAUUAUGUCCGCAAAAGGGCAAACAAACAUUGAAUUUUAUGCUGGACGUCGAGCGCUAACCAACAAGGAGCUCUCUGUCAACCUCAGGCAUGUACUAACGAGAAACGACACUCGGCCUCGAAUCAGUGGAUGGCAUAUUACGAACGUGACGUCCAGAAUCAGCUACUACGACUAUGAUAACAUUACUGACACAAAAACGACAAGAUAUUCGUUUACUGUGGCUGUUCAAGCUGUGCACUUUGCCCGUUACGAUCCGUCAUAUUUUUACACGUUAAAUGUGCCAGCACUGAUAUUUGUCGCAUUCAACAUAGCC